AUGUCAUUUGUAUCCAGAAUAUCAUCAAAGUUUGGUAUUAUCACUUGUAUAGGAUGCACAUUGCAUUGCUUUUUUGAAUAUAUCUGUGAUUUUGUUGUUUGCUCAGGUGAAUCAAUGCAGCCGACAUUAUAUUCAAACAACAUACUCAUAUGUAGUAAGAUCGCACAACGUAAAAACACUUUUGAAAGGAAUGACAUCGUUGUUGCUAUUCAUCCAAAUCAACCUAAAAGUCUUAUUUGCAAGCGAAUGAUUGCGCUUCCAGGAGAUAUAGUUUUAAUGAACUCCACAAAAACUGAAGAUUCAGAGAAUACAGGAUCUUUUGAUGUUCAAAAAAUCUACAUUAAACCGGGAUCUUGCUGGUUGGAAGGUGACAAUAGAGCAAAUUCAACUGAUAGUCGAAAUUACGGACAGAUUCCAAUUGGAUUAAUUAAAUCAAAAGUUUUAGUACGUGUUUGGCCUCUUAGUGAGUUUAAGUUUUUUUAA